AUGGAGGACGAUAUUUCAGACUUGAGCAGACCGCAGAUGUACUUGUUUGGCUGUACCUUGAAAUCCGACAGACGUGAGUUCAAAGUUGAUGUUGAGGACGAUGAUACGGAGCAGCAGCUGUCACUCAAAGCAGCAUGUCUGGGAGCCGACGCAGAGGAUAAGUUCCACAUGGUGGAAGUCGAGGGUCUCACUUACGAUGGGAAAACAACCAAAGUGCCGUUGGUUGCCCUGAAACCAUCCGUCCUUCCCUCUAUGAAUUUAGGUGGAUUUGAGAUCACACCUCCAGUUACCUUCCGUCUCCAGUCGGGCUCUGGACCAGUUCACAUCAGCGGGCAGCAUUUUGUUAGUGUGAAAGACUCAGAGGAUGAGGAAGAGGAGAACAACUCUUCACCGGUGAAGCGGCCUGCAAACCUGAUGUCAGGGAAGAAGCCUCUACUGAAAAAACUAAAGAUGGAUUCUGACGACGAUGAAGAAGACAGCGAUGAGGAUGAUGACGAUGACGAUGAAGAUGACGACAGCGAUGAAAAUGAUGUGAAGCCUCAGAAGAUUGUCGGAAAAGAGCUCAAAAAAAGUCUGGAGUCUCCAGCUAAAAAGCCCAACAAGACUCCGGUGAAACAGAACGGCCCUGCAGGAAAACCAUCAGGAUCAGCUGUCAAAGCGCAGAUUAAGACACCUGCCCCAGGAAAAGACAAACCCCAGGCUGGGCCGUCUAAAUCUCCGUCUGUGGCUGAGAUUAAGAACAAGUUGUCAACGGCAGCCAAGGAGGGAAAAACACUACCGAAGACAGAGCAGAAGUUUGAGAAUUUUGUGAGGAGUUCAUUUAAAAUUUCAGACAAAAAAGUGGUCAAGGACCUCUGGAGUUUUGUACAAACACUGAAGAAGUAACAAUUCUUGUACUUGGAAGCAUUUCUAUGUUUUGCAUCCUGCAAGACAUUUAAAGGCACAGUCAGCGAGAUUUCCUACUCAGCCAUAUCGUAUCAGCAUCGCUAAACUAUGACUCAGAGUGAUCAGAAGGACAGAGCGCUGAAAUUGGUUAAAGCCAUCGAUGGUUUGAUUCAGGUGUCAUCGUUCUUUUAGAUGCGAAGCACAUCGUGGAGCUGAUUUGUUAUUAACUCAUAAACUCACUCAUUCACAUUUAGCAGAAUGGACAUUUUCUACAAAGGGAAGCUGGACAUGCUGUCACAUCUGCACCACCUAUAGGAAAGGAAAGUGAUAGCAAUCCAUCGAUAAGUUGCUGCCGAUGUCUAUUUUGCUAUAAAAAGCUGCUGCAGUUUUGAUACUUGCGCCACCUGCAGGCAAUAAAUGUUGCACCUGCAGAUUUUUAUAGUUGCAAUAAAUAAGAGUUGUGUAAAUUAUUAGGUAACAACAAAGGUUAGAAUUCAAAUGUUCAGAGCUGAAGACAGAACCUAGUUAACUUUGUCAUCGCUCAUUUGUUUUAUUUUUGUAUAAAGAACAGCUGUGUGUCAAGUUUUUAACAGUAUUUCUUUUUUUGUACCUCGAGGGCUCUAACAUGUAAAAUAUAGGUGGAUUCAGGCCUGUUAGCGCUCAACACAAGGAAGCUGCUCAUUCGUCCAAAAUUAAAGCCACAAGCAGCAAUGAGUGGGUUUCAGGCUUCACAGAGGUGAGCAAAGUCACUUCAGCUAGUUUAAUUCUAGUUAAAGACGAAUUGAAACCAAUCUCACACUUGUUUUAUCAUCAUUAAAGCCUACAGUAUUUCAAUAAUUGCAACUACAGAUGUAACAUUCAUUACCUCCAGGUGGCGUAGCUGUCGGUUUACAGAAGCUAUCGUUUUCCUUACCUGUAGAUGGUGAGAACAGCAACCCUACAUUUUACCUUCUUUGCCUGUCUGUGGUGUGCGUUACAUUGGAACAGCAGGUUUGAAGCUGCUGAUACGGCAGCUCUUCGAUUUGAUGAUAUUGGCUGAGCCUGAUUUCAGGUGCUUCGCAUCCGUGACACUGUGUGUCCUUCUUAAAGUCAGUAAUGCAAUAGGAAAUAUUGCAGAAUGUGCCUUUAAAUAUCUCUACUGUAAAUUAAGAGAAAACAGUCCCACUUUGUGUGAAUUUCAUUAGUACGUAUACUAGCAUGGUUGAGACAGCUGAUACAGGGGGCAGUUUGACAAUUUCCAGUCAUCAGACAGUGACAGGAUAUUUUUCUCCAAAGUGUUGUUUAAGUUAAAGUUCAACUUUAUCGUCAUGUGUUAAAAAUACAAUGAGUACACCCCAUCCCAAACCAUUCCAUUUCUAGCUUGGAAACAUACAGAAUGUACUAUGAGUCUGUCUGGUUAUGCAUAUUGUACAUUAGUGUGUUGAGAUUACAACGGUCACUCAAAUUUGGUAACAUGAAUUCCUGCAUUAGGUUUGCUAACAAAACCAAAACCAAACAACAAAUAGAAACAACAUGAUUAAAAAAAGAAACAAAAAAACAACAAUAAUAUAUGCCGUUGACAAUAUUACAUAUCUUUUAAGAAUGUAUCUUUUAGAGCAAACGUGUUUUUUCCAGUAACUCGUUUCUGGAUGAGAGCGGUGUGUCUUUGUUUCAUGUUGUCUUAAUACUUUCAUUUUUAUACUCGGGUUCUAAUUAUUAUUUCACUUGGCAUUUGUAAGAAGCGUGUAUUCAUAUCAAGACCAUUAAUAUCCGUCGUAAGCUGAGAGAGAAUUCGUUACAGUGAUUACAUCUAAAAAUCUGUCUGUGGUAAAAGUGUUAUGAGUUCUAUAAAACCAACACAUGUCCUGACUUUAAAGUAAUAUACAUUAAAUGCAAAAAAAAAAAAAAGUUCAAAACAAGAAGAAAAGAUUGUUAACUAGCUCCAGCAGUACAUUUACAAGUUGGCACGUGCACAGUCUCCAGUGUAUCUCGAUGUACUUUGUUGCACUAAAACCCAAAAUACGAGCCCAUGACUAACACAGCUGAUCAUGUUUAUUACAAUGUAAUCAUAAGGUAUAUAUCAGGCGGUUAGCGUAAUAUGACGUCACAUUUACAGAAACCCCCGUAAAGUACUCAACCUCAUAAUUGUUUGCACUCUUUUAAAUCAGUACUCUGAUGACAAAAAGCAUGCACUCGCUCUGUGCUUAUAAUGUGUUUAUGAUCCUGUAUAAUGCCUUUUAUGAGCCAAAUGUUGGCAGUUGGACGCCAUCUUUAACCAAUCAGAUCGCUCGGUUCGACCUUCCCGUUGUCUGUAAAGAGCAUUCGAGAUUCAUUAGCUGUAAACUUUCGUGCUUCAGCUGAUUUAGAUGAUUAAAGUGGCCCUGAUAAUUUACCUAAAUCUAGAUGUUAAAUUAAAGUAUUUGUGAUCUCAUUGUAGAGAGUAAGAGCAGGAAACCCGCCCUGUAGGAUAAAUAUUUGGCUUGCGUGUGUCCCUUAGAGUUCUUUUUUAUUAUAUUUUUAAAAAAUGCUUUCCCUGUAUCAAACUUUAAUUAACUUUCCUGUGAAUAUUUCUCACGCUUAUAUUUACAAGUACGGCAGCUGAACAGUUAUAUUAUAUUUUUAAGUGUAUGUUUAAUCCGCCCUUGCUUGUAGCUGGUUUUGCAGCUUGAAUCUGUGAGUCUGUCCUGUUUAGUUUAUGAAAUGUUUGAAUUACAGUUCUGUUUUGUUGUUUUGUUGUUUUUUUAGCUUUAGCUUUAUCUUGCUGUUGCUCAGCAUCAUCUUCAGUCAGUCCUUUGAUUCUGUACUGAGUUCAUUUGAAGCCCUGAAUAUGUUGUGAAAUGUUCAUCUUUAAUUGAUAACUUGACAUGUUUGAGUUUUUGUUUCUAAUAUUAGUUAAACAGAAUACAAGCCAAAAUAUUCAAUUAAAAAAAAUACAGUUAGCAGCAAAUUAGGUGCUACAAUGCUUAGAUGUCCAAAUUAGAGAGAAUUAUAAAGUUGUUUGAAUGUUUAGUGUCUGCUAUCUGCUGAAGUUUCUUGAAUAUAUAUACUGCAUACAGUAGAGCUGAAACAUAUAAAUCUUAAUGAAAUGAAUCAACUGUUUGAUAAAUGAUUUAAUGUUUUAAGGCAUUUUUAUAAAGAAAAAUGCAAAAAUGAUUUGGUUCCAGCCUCUAAAAUGGUUUCUCUAUUCUAUGAUUGUAAAGUGAAUACCUUUUGGAUUGCUGACUGUUGUCCGAUAAAUGGAGAAAAUAAUCACCAGAUGAAUUGAUAGUGAAAAUAAACAUUGUGACUUAAAAUACCUUCUGUAAGACAUCAGUACAUAGUGACAGGUGUCUUUGAUGUAAAUAUACAAGAAACAGAGAAACAGACUUGCUUGGUAUGCAAAUGAGAAUGAAAUUGUAAAACACUGUCCAGCGUCCACUGUAGUCAAAUCUGAGCUGGUAUGAGUCGAUGAUGGCUUGACUGAUUGGACAUGUGUUGAAAGACAGUGUAUUUGAGUCCUUUAGUCUAAACUUGAUUGAUUAGUUAAUGCAUGACUGCUGAUGGUGGGUGUUUGUUCAUUCAUGGUUUGUUACGAUGAACAUAUCCAUCCUUUUUUUUUCUUCUUUUUUUUUUUUUACCAAUCUGUAACCUUUACCUGAAUAAAGUGAAUCUUAGCUGGU